GAGAACUGCUCAGCCUUUUCCCUGAGCUAUGCUCUUAUCAGGGAAAAACACUAUUGGCAGAAAAUCAGCUGCCCCUUAUCAGCCACACACCGCCACCUCAAAGAGGCCGUCCCAUUGGCUGGAGCCUUCGUGUCAUGUUAGAUGGAAGGAGCAGAAAUGCAUAUCCUGAAAAAUAUACCCAAGAACAGGAAUGACAAAGUUUAUGACACUGUUGCAUAAACUCCGUUGGCGAGAUAGAGUAUCAGUGUUUAUGCCUGGGAAGGUAUAUUCAUAGGUGAUAAGGUGGGCUACGUUUGAGAUUGGAUUCAGGAUGGCAGUGAGUCGUAGUCUAAGAGAGGAGAACACUGGUUCAAGUGGAGUAUCCUGAUGUGGGUAAACUAGGAGCUGGUGAUGAAGAGGUCGAGAUCAUGGGGGGGCAGGGAGCUGCAGGCCAGCAACACAGAGGACAACACAGACAACAGUGAGCAGGACGAGUCCUCGUCUCUGAGGUUGUCUUGGUCCCUGGUGGACACUAUGAACUACGUGGGCCAGCUGGCAGGUCAGGUGCUUGUGACCGUCAAAGAGCUGUACAAGGGCAUUAAUCAGGCCACAUUAUCGGGCUGCAUCGAUGUUGUGGUGGUCCGCCAGAGAGAUGGCACGUACCAGUGCUCACCCUUUCAUGUGCGCUUCGGCAAGCUGGGCGUACUUCGCUCCAAAGAGAAAGUUAUUGACAUUGAAGUGAAUGGAGAGCCCGUAGACCUGCACAUGAAGCUGGGUGACAAUGGAGAGGCUUUUUUCGUCCAGGAAACAGAGCUGCUGAAUAUUGUUCCGGCCCACCUGGCAACCUCCCCAAUCCCCACUGAGAGUCACCUGUUCUGGAUGUCGGAGGUGGAGCACAGGGCACCGAAAGAUCUAGAGGAUGACCCUGCUGACCCUGAGUACCCCUCUGAGCCUCCGGCUCCCAGCACCGUGGGCACUAAAAAGAAGAAGAGGCGGAGGAAGAAGCAUAAGGGAGACCCCCGGCGAGAGGAGCUGACCCCACCCAUGUCAGUCACUACUGGAAACACCAUUGCUGUAAACGCACCUGCUGCUACAACUGCUGCUAUGUCUAGCUCUGUGCAAAAUGAAGAGAUCUUUGAGAUGGAACUGAGCUCUGACGAAGAGGCUGCAGCACAUGUUUCUAGGUCCUCUUCAGUAAGCACAAUGCGGGACAUUGACCCAAAACUACCUGGAGCCAGACACAGCCUUAAUGGCUAUUCAAUGUCUGAUGGGGACUGGCGGUCAGAUGACAGAGACGCUUUGUCACAGGCCUUUUCCCCAAAGAGCGACUCUGAACUGGUGGUCAGGCCUUCAGACAGUUUGCUCAGAGCCGAGUCUCACAUGCAGUGGACCUGGGGAGAGUUUCCAGAAACAACCAGGAUCCCCAAGAAAGAGAGAGCAGAACCACUAAAAAGAGUGACCAUCACCCCGUCGGAGAGUACCCACUUCCGAGUCAUCCUCAGCUCCGAGGCUAUGGAGGAUGACACAGAGUUUGAAAAGGAAGAUGCUGCCUCCUCAACGUGUACCAUUGUGAAGCCACAGCCACGCACCCCUGUCACCCCUGUCACCCCAGUGACAGAAGCUAAUACUUUUGAAUCCGUCAGCACCGUAACCUCUCUGAGUCCUGAAACCCCCAGUGAGUCCCUGGACGUUCUGACAACGUCCACGCCAUCCAACAGCCAACAGAGUGAUUCACCCUCGAAGAAGAAAGGUGUCCCAAAGAGGAGCCAGCAUCAGGGUCCUGAGGAUAUCUACCUAGAUGACCUGAAUGUACUUGAGCCUGAUGUGGCUGCAAGAUAUUUUCCUAAGAGUGAGGCUGAGGCAGCCACUAAGCACUGGAUGGACUCGGAGAUGCUCUCUGGUUCUCAGUCUCCUCAGUCGGUGGGUAGUGCUGCGGCUGACAGUGGGACAGAGUGUCUGUCUGACUCAGCAAGUGACCUCCCAGACGUCACCCUUUCUCUGUGUGGAGGCCUCACAGAAAAUGCUGAAAUAUCCAAAGAAAGGUUCACGGAGCAUAUCAUCACCUAUAAUGAAUUUGCAGAACAUCCAGCAAUUAUAGAUAACCCCAACUUGGUAGUAAAGAUAGGAAAUAGAUAUUAUAACUGGACGCUUGCUGCCCCCUUGAUUCUAAGUCUACAAGCAUUUCAGAAGAAUUUACCAAAGGCUACAGAGGAGGCCUGGGUGAAGGAGAAAAUGCCAAAGAAGUCAGGCCGCUGGUGGUUCUGGCGAAAGAGGGCGGACAGUGCAAUCAAGCAGUCAGAAACCAAGAGUGAAACCAAGGAGGAGUCUCUUUCGGGGGAGGAAGGCCCCUCUGUAUCGCAGGAGAAGCUGGCCUCACCACCUAAAGCAGGAGACACAUCCAGUGACGAAGAGUCCAAGGAGGUGAGUGCUGCAUCCUGUCAAGAACGACUGCAGCCGGUGGAUGUUCCGCACCACGCCACCCCCCACACAUACAGGAAGUCACUACGCCUCUCUUCUGAUCAGAUUGCCAGUCUGAAACUGAAGGAGGGACCCAAUGAUGUUACUUUUAGCAUCACCACUCAGUACCAGGGUACGUGCCGCUGCGAGGGGACCAUCUACAUGUGGAACUGGGACGACAGAGUCAUAAUCUCUGACAUAGAUGGCACCAUCACCAAGUCAGAUGUGUUUGGACAGAUCCUGCCACAGCUGGGGAAGGACUGGACUCACCAAGGCAUCGCCAAGCUCUACCACUCAGUGGCUGAGAACGGCUACAAGUUCUUGUACUGCUCAGCUCGGGCUAUUGGCAUGGCGGACAUGACGAGAGGCUACCUGCAGUGGGUCAAUGAUGGAGGCACCAUCCUGCCCAGAGGACCUCUGAUGCUGUCUCCCAGCAGCCUCUUCUCUGCCUUCCACAGGGAGGUUAUCGAGAAGAAGCCGGAGAUCUUCAAGAUUGAAUGCCUUACAGACAUCAAGAACCUGUUCCAGCAUAACAAGCAGCCAUUCUACGCUGCCUUUGGGAAUAGAACUAAUGAUGUGUUUGCCUAUAAGGAGGUGGGAGUUCCUGUGUGUCGGAUCUUCACAGUUAACCCGAAGGGAGAACUGAUCCAGGAGCAGACCAAGGGCAACAAGUCUUCCUACGGCCGGCUGAGUGAGCUGGUGGAGCACGUGUUCCCUCUGUUGAGCAAAGAGCAGAACGAGGCCUUCCUCAUGCCAGAGUUCAGCUCGUUCUGUUACUGGAGACAGCCCAUACCAGACAUCGACCCGGAGGAACUGCUCUGAUCCAGCACAUGUGGAUACCAAGAUAAACAUAAACAUGACUGUGCACUUAGACGCAUCUCCAGGAAAACACGUGGACUGGAACCUUGACUUCUCUCCAUGGUUCUCAAACACACACAACUGUACAGUGAGUGUGACACAGGAGCAGAGCUGUGGACACACACUCAGAGAAACUGGUGAACUUUAAUUAACGCAUCAGAGAUAAGUGGAAGUUAUAUUCUGUUUAAUAGUCACUGAAAAUAUCUCAUCCCUGGGAGACAAGAGUGUAAUUGCGAACUAAAUUAUUAUUAUUAUUAUUUCCUCAUGCCUGUGAAGGCAGCCUAACUCGGCAAGCACUCUUUAGUCCUCAUCGCUGUACAGGGACACCGAUCUGAGAUAAAUCUCUGCUUUCUAACUUCUAGUAGAGGAUGAUCUGCUUCUCUGGGGAGCAGCAGGAGCCCCACACGAGGCAUUAGCCUCAAGCACUUGAGUCUGAGCUGCACGGAAGGAAAACGUUUUCUCAUGUUUCCUAUUUUCUGAACUCCCCGAGGAAUUGAAGUGAAUCAUUCAAAGCAGAAAAAGACGUAUUGUUAAUUAAAACAGGAAAGAAAAUUAACAUAGGACAUGUGCUGGUGAUAUUUUGCCCUGGGUGCUAAGUAUGUCUCGAUGCAAGGUUCCACCUUUGUUUGGAGGAUUUCAUUUCAGUUUUCUAAAAGAAAAUUGAGGUGAAAUGCGAUAUUGGCCAGAAAAUAACUCUGAACCAUUUAAACUCUGUAGAAACAGCAGGCGAGCUACCACAGGUGCUCAGUUCAGUUCCUCACGCCCUCGACCCUGGACCGACUGGAGUUCUCAGCCCACUGCUGGGUUCAGAAAACCACUUUCCCCUGGAGAGGAUUCAACCUUCAACCUACAACAUGUUGAUAUUCCAGGUCGUGACUGGGAUUUACUUUUGCCAACAAGUAUGUGAAGAAGUGCUGUUAAAGAAAAGAAGAUGACGCAGCUUCAUGAUUUAUUGUCUUGCUGUUAUUUUAAUGUUCUGUUUAAUUCAAGCUCUGGCGAAUCAGUAUGUUUUCUUAACAAUGCAGUCAUUAUUUAUGAUAAUUGAUAUGUUUAAGUUAUUGAUUUCUAACGUGAUGCCUUUUUGUUUGUCUGAAGAAGGCUUCUCAAAUGCAAUGUGGAAAUAUUUCAAAUUGUAUUUUGUACGUUUGGUCACAUGCACUUAACAGUAUCUGCUA